AUAUUCGACAGCGGACUAAUUCUAAAAUUUAGCUAAUCAAGAGGAGAGGUUGGGCAAGUGUCAUAUGCCCAACGCUUAAUGCAGCAAAAUGUAAGGAACGUACAAAUAAACGCGCAUUUUCCAGAGAAGUAGAAAAACUUCCACCCUCAAAGCGGCACACAACAUGCGCGCUUACAUACAUACAAACACGCACACAAACACACUACACAUAUAUACACAACGAACUAACACAAACAUGUAAGAAUGCUGCAGUCGACGAAGAAAUAAGUGUCAGGGCUAUUCGACGGCUGCAUACCGAGUACCUGUACAAAUGCGCCCCACAAAGUCACGCUUAAAACAGAAAUGAUCACUUCGGCUUAAAUAUAAAUAAACAGCUAGAGGGACACAAGCACUCGCAGCGAGCAUGCUUCAAAAUUUCCGCAUGCUCGAUGCAUGUUUGUGUGCACAAAUUGAAAAGGCCUAAUAUACCCUAUGCUAUGAUAUGUCCCUGUCAUUUGCGUCGCAGUCGCUGCCGCCGUCCGCGUUGUGUCUGUGUUGCCUGCCCCAGUGUUUCCGCUUUCUUUCGUUGUAAUGUUACUUUUAGUUUGAAUUCGGAGCCUCAGCGAGCCGGUUGGAAGCGAGAUUUUAGUUUAAUUCUGCUUGGGUGUGUGCGUGUUUAGUUUAAAUGAAAUUGAAAGUUGUACACUUUACUACCCCCGAAAAAGCGAAGCACAGCAUAAAAUUGUGCGCUCAUACGCGCGCGUUUGCGACUGUGUGUGUGUGCGUGUGUGUGUAUGUGUAAACGCGAGCGUGUCGCAGUGUGUGUGUGUGCCACGCCACGCCACACCAACGGAAACCAACCCCCACCAACAACAGAAUAAAACAAGAAAACAACAACAAACAAGAAAAGUUAGCACCACCCACUCUUGAAAAACUGCCGCAUAGAGUUCAGCGUCAUCGCCAUCAACAUCGCCGUAGCCGUUGUUUUCGUUUCAUCAGUGCCUGUCUCUGGUUUCGGCUUAAUAGAGAUCGGAUCGUGUUGUGUAAAUUGUUCAAAAUAUACAUACAUAUAUCUACUAUAGUGUAACGGAUAAGUGAAGCAAACCGAUUCGAGAAUACAAGAUCCGCUAUUUGCCGAGACGAGGCGAAACCCCCACCCCGCCGUGACAACAGCUAGCUGACAAACUGCUAUGAUGAAUUUCUCCGCGUUUGGUGGCCCGUUCUCUGGCAUACAUCAAUUCGCCGCUAAAUUUGAUGCACAAACGCCGGGUGCAUUUGGAACGCCGCCUGCGAACGCAGCAGCCGCUGCAGCCGCAGCAGGAACCGAUAAUCAUGUACAGCGCUAUCAGACCAAUGGCAAUCAUUUUAAUCAGAAUGUGGCCAACGUUUCGGCAGCAAAUAACAUGCAAUAUGGUCAGAAUAUAUCCAUACCAUACUCCUCACAGCCGCAGGGUGAUCUAAAUUUUCUGAAUGCAGCCGCUGCAGCCGAUCAUAAGGGUAAAAUCCAUCCAAAAAUCGAACGUGACCGGGAAGAAGUUCUCAAUCAGCAGAUCUUACAGAAUGUCAAUCAGUCGUGGCAGACGCUGGCCAACACGGCCAACACUGUGGACUAUUCAUCUCACUUGCUUUCCGCAACACUGCCAAUCUCUAUACAGCACUUCCUCAAGUAUUCGGAAACCAUCAAGAAGGAGUCCUCUGGCGAUGUCCUGAAGAAUGGCACGAAUUUGGCCAGCCUGGCGCUGGGAGGCGUGGCCCUGACACCCAGCAAUAACGGUGCGAACGGAGGCCACCACAAUGGGGGAUUAGUCGGCAUGGAGCACGGCGGUCACAUGACCAACAUGACGGACGCGAAUGGCACUUCGCUAACCAAUGGCGGGACCAGCAAUGGCGUCAACGGCAAUGCCAAUGGAGCGGUCACCAACGGUGGAGCCGGGGCAGUGUCCAGCUCGGGGUCGGUGGGCACCACAAACGCGAGUGGGGGUACCACUACGGCCAGUGGCAAGAAAACCAAAAAGAAGAAACCGCCAAAGGAGAAGAAGCCACGCCCGAAACCAGGCGAGAUCAGAGAGACGAAAGCGUUGGAUGGAUCCACGCUCUAUUGCUGCCCCGAAUGUCAGAUGGCAUACCCGGAUCGGAGUCUAAUCGAGCAGCACGUCAUCUCCCAUGCCGUGGAGCGACGCUUCGUUUGCGAUAUUUGCAAUGCGGCCCUCAAACGCAAGGACCACUUGACCAGGCACAAGCUAUCCCACAUACCGGACAGGCCUCAUGUGUGCAAUAUCUGCAUGAAGUCCUUCAAGCGCAAGGAGCAGCUCACUCUGCACAUUGUUAUCCAUUCCGGCGAGAAGAAGCAUGUUUGCAUUGAGUGUGGAAAAGGUUUCUAUCGCAAGGAUCAUUUACGUAAGCACACACGCUCCCAUAUUGCCCGACGCGUCAAGUCCGAGGUAUCGGCGCAGAACGUAAACGGAUCCGGUGGCAACAAUGCACAGAGCAAUGCACUACAUGGUUCCUGAGGAUCGUACAAGGACUUUUGGUAAAUUCUCAAACAAAUUUCAAACCAUGAAGGCGGCCGAGCUGUUGGCAGUACCCUGCGCUUCUUAGUAAGGAUCGUAUGGUGCUGGCAGCAGUUGUGCCACCUUUGAAAUUUGUUGAAGAGUUUAUUAAAGGUCCUGCUGAGCGUCACCCAACUCCAACUCCAAUAACAAAAACCCUCUGAAUAAAAAGAUGUUAUACUUACAAUUUGCAAGUAUUAGUACGAUUUUGUUCACGACACUUUCAGUUCUUUAGCUUUAGUUCUUUCAGUUGAGAUUUUCGCACAAAAGUUUCUUAAAGUAUAAAGUAUAGAAGAGGAGAGUAAAUGUACAAAACAAAACACAACUUAACUUAACAAGAUACGGAACAGAUUUAAAAAGAUUUCGAAGUUUAGUAUGCGCAUAUAUUAAGGGAAUGGGAAUACCAUACCACACAAAAAGUUACUUUCAUUUCUCUUUGAGGAUCUGUGAUCUGAAAUUGCUGCAUAAAAAACAAACACAACAAUUGAUAAUUGAAAAACUAUCGAUCGGUAGCCGUUUUAAGAAUAAGUUUUUAAUUUUUUGUAAUUUUAAUCAAUUUAUGUGCAAUUUACAAACAUUUUGAUUUGCCUUUUAGUUGUCUUGGUCGGCGCCUCUGUUCAUCGCGUUAAUGUAUUUUAUUUCGAGACAAAAUACUUGGCUAGAAUGUACAUAUGUAUGUAUGUAUCUAUGUACACAUGUGUUAGGGCGAAUGAAUCCUUGUUUCAUUGAGUUGCAACCUACAAUUAAUCACACUUUUGCGCAUAUUAAUGAACUAAGAAACCCUAAAAUGAAAUUGAUUUCUAGUCUUGUAUUUUAUUUUACCAAUAGGAAUAGUAGGGGAACGGAACCCUCAGAACAACCCCCUCUGAUUCGAGGUCAUGUAAUUUUAAGCUUUUAAACUUGAACGUUAAAAAGGAACGAAAGGAGAACCUCCUACGCGAAACACACACUAAACAGAAAAUGCAAUACAAUAUACUUACAUCAAUGCAUGCCUAACUUCCAGCCAUCAUCACUCUUUAGAGCAGAAAACUACCAUACAAAAAACUGCAAUAAUAUCUAUGUGUAAUACACAUUCAUACCGCGAUAGAUACAAAUACACACACCUAUAUCCAGCUUACGAAUCGACAACUGAUAACCAAGAAAACAAAUUUAAAAAAAUAUGAACAAUAUAUACAGAAGCCACAGAUACCAGGAUAGAAGAUGGCACAGCAGAUCAACAAACAUUGCAAUUGUUAGCCAAUAACAAUAACCCAGACACAAACUGUAUAAAACAAUAUUUUUAUAUAUAUAAAUGCAAUGGAAAAAGGAGAGCAGAAGAGCAUAUGAAAACAGAAUAGGAAUAAAGGCAUAAAACAAUAACCGAAAUAAAGUGCAAACACUUCGUGCGAGUGACAACGUAAUUUACUGUUCAAAUACAAAGCAUUUUUGAGAUUAACGAUAAACGUACAUGAUUAAACCAUAAAUCCAUAUGCAUACAAGGCUAUGUUUUACUCAUGGUAUGCAUUCUCGUACACUUGUAUAGUUAAUAUGACUGCUUCUAACUAAUAUACGCUAAUAUACAGAAGAUACAUAUAGAUUAACAGUAACUGUAUCAUGGUUUGUUUAUUUCAGUGAUACACACACACACACAAAACAACUCCCAAAUGACCCUUUCUGCUCAAACUUUGUUGCCGAAGGGUAUAUGUAUGUAUGCAAUAGUACCCGCAGUGUUCGGGCCAAGAGGGUCAUUCAAUAUGCUUGUAAACGAACUUUUUCGGAAAAUUAAUGUUUCAACAGCAGUACUAAGCGCAUUUCUGUGCUAUUUGACACCAGUCUUUUGGUUUGCAGUACA